CGAGGGCUUUAUUUCGGGAAGGGUGACGGCAAGCUCCAAAGAAGUACAGCUGAGAUGUUUUAUUUGCCCUUCAUGUUCAGAAUCCCUGGUUGAAGGGUGGUUCUCACAGCUUUUCCAGCUGUUUCCAGGUACCCCUGCAACAUUGGAAGCCUCCAAAGGCUCUAGGAUGCAGGGGCCAGCCGGGCUUGGGCUGCCCACCUGAUCCUUGCCACCUGCGUCCCGCUGACACACCAUGUUGCGCUCCUGGCGCAUGAAGCUGAAGCUGCUGCUCGCCACGGUGACCCUGGCCGUCCUCCUCUCCUGGCUCUACUUCUUUGUGGGCAGCCUCGAAUACGGCCGCUUCCUCCUGCUGCCGGCCUGCCUGGGCGAGCAGCCGGGCCGGGACGUGGAGCGGGAGGCGCUGGCCUCGCGGGUGCGCAGGGUGGAGGAGGAGAACCAGCAGCUCCGCAUGCAGCUUAGCCAGGCGCAGGCGGAGGGCAGCGACGGCAGCCCGCAGUGGGGGACCUCCGCUGAGGAAGGGGACUCCCCCGGGGGCGAGAGGAGCAACCGCACUGCCUGCCCCAAGCAGCGGACAGUGCACAAGUGUGAGCUCCUACACAUUGCGAUUGUGUGCGCCGGGCACAACGCGAGCCGGGAUGUGGUCACCCUGGUGAAAUCCAUCCUCUUCCACAGGAAGAACCCUCUCCACUUUCACUUCAUCACGGACUCGGUGGCCCACCAGAUCCUCCAGACGCUCUUCCAGUCCUGGAUGGUGCCCUCUGUCCAUGUCAGCUUCUACAACGCCGAUGACUUGAAGCCGGAGGUGUCGUGGAUCCCCAACAAGCACUACUCCGGCAUCUAUGGGCUGAUGAAGCUGACGCUUACCAAGGCGCUGCCCUCCAACCUCUCCAAGGUCAUUGUCUUGGACACUGACAUCACCUUUGCCACUGACAUCGCUGAGCUCUGGGCUGUCUUCGGGAAGUUUUCUGACAAGCAGGUGAUUGGGCUGGUGGAGAACCAGAGCGACUGGUAUUUGGGCAACCUGUGGAAAAACCACAAACCGUGGCCGGCCCUGGGACGUGGCUUCAACACGGGGGUCAUCCUGCUCCUGCUCGACCGCUUGCGUCGCCUGGGCUGGGAGCAGAUGUGGCGGCUGACGGCGGAGCGGGAGCUCAUGAGCAUGCUCUCCACCUCGCUGGCCGAUCAGGACAUCUUUAACGCGGUGAUCAAGCAGGACCCGGCCCUGGUGUACCGGCUCCCCUGCUUCUGGAACGUGCAGCUCUCGGAUCACACCCGCUCAGAGCAGUGCUACAGUGAGGUCUCCGAUCUCAAGGUGAUCCACUGGAACUCACCCAAGAAGCUACGGGUGAAGAACAAGCACGUGGAGUUCUUCCGCAACCUCUACCUGACCUUCCUGGAGUACGACGGGAACCUGCUGCGCAGGGAGCUCUUCGGCUGUGCCAGCCUCCCCCACCCGCCCAGCGACCAGCUGCAGCAGGCGCUGGAGGAGUUGGACGAGGACGAUCCCUGCUAUGAUUUCCGCCGGCAGCACCUCACGCAGCACCGUGUCCACCUGUUCUUCCUGCAGUACGAGUUCCUGGCCCUUCCCAGCCCCACCGACGUCACACUUGUGGCCCAGCUCUCCAUGGACAGGCUGCAGAUGUUGGAGGCCAUCUGCAAACACUGGGCGGGCCCCAUCAGCCUGGCGCUCUACAUGUCGGACGCGGAGGCUCAGCAGUUCCUGCGCUAUGCCCAGGCCUCAGAGGUGCUGAGCACCCGCCGCAACGUCGCCUAUCACAUCGUCUACAAGGAGGGGCAGUUCUACCCCAUCAACCUCCUGCGCAACGUGGCCUUGGCCAACACGCAGACGCCGUACGUCUUUCUGACAGAUAUUGACUUCCUGCCUAUGUAUGGCCUCUACGAUUACCUCAGGAACUCCAUCCAGCAGCUGGAGCUGCCCCGGAGGAAGGCAGCUCUCAUUGUGCCGGCGUUCGAGACCCUGCACUACCGCUUGACCUUCCCGAAAUCCAAAGCAGAGCUGCUCUCCAUGCUGGACAUGGGCUCCCUCUACACCUUCAGGUACCAUGUGUGGCCCAAAGGCCAUGCCCCAACUGACUAUGCCAAGUGGCGGACGGCCACCGUGCCAUACCGUGUGGCGUGGCAGCCGGACUUCGAGCCUUACGUUGUAGUGAGGCGAGACUGCCCCAAGUACGACCAGAGGUUCGUGGGCUUCGGCUGGAACAAGGUGUCCCACAUCAUGGAGCUGGAUGCUCAGGAGUACGAGCUGCUGGUCCUGCCCAACGCCUUCAUGAUCCACAUGCCCCAUGCCCCCAGCUUUGACAUCUCCAAGUUUCGCCUGAGUGCAGGGUACCGGGGCUGCCUCCAGACACUGCGGGAGGAGUUUCACCAGGACUUGUCGCGGCGGUACGGGGCUGCUGCGCUCAAAUACCUCACCGCCGAGAGGAGCCUGUGACACCUGGGGACAGUGGGUGUGGGGUGCUAGCAGCACGCUGGAGAAGGGAGGGCGCAGGGCCUCCCUCCUGCCCCAGCCCACCACUGCAGCCUGGCCUGGGGGAACCGAGCCGGCAGCACAGCCACUCCAGCCCAGCAAAGGGAUGCCCGGAAAUGAGAUGGAAGAUGGCAGCUGCGAGAACUGGCACUGCCUGCGGGUCAAGCUGCUGCGGCGUGGCCGAGGGUUUUCCGGAGCAGCAGCCUUCCUGCGUUACAGGGGAACCUCCCCAUGCCAGGGGCCAGGGAUAUUGUUACUCCCCAUCCGCAUGGAUGCAGAGUCUGCAGUGGGGUUGGCCCAGUAGCAGUGCUGUGGGAGUCGCCCAGAGCAGGACGGGCUGUCUGCUGUCCCCAGCAGUGAGCUCCCAGAAGGGGCCUGCGCCUCACGGCUGGGAGCAGCUGUGCCAUUGACAGGCCCCGUUCGCAGGGCUGCGAACCAUCACGACGGGCAAAACUGCAGCCUUGUGGGCCAGCACGUGCUUGCAGAAAUUCCUGACAGGGCACCAUCCUGCUGCUCCCCUGCUCUUGGCAGCGCAGACGUUGCCAUCGACAGUCAGGGACGUGGAUGACACUGGACAAGACCGUAGCUGAGCACUGUGGUGGGAUCCCCAUGUUGGGAGCAGCUGGGCCGGGCACUGUUCCACCGCUAUCACACACUGGAGCACAGAGGAUGCAUUGCUUUCCUCACGCUAUUUAAAUUAUUUAAUACUUUUCCCAUAAGAGUUAAAUGAUUAGGGUGCCUGGGUUAGGUUUUGUUUUUUUUUUUAGUUCUUUCUUCCUCCCGGAUGAUUUUGCUGGUGGCCCUGGAGGCUCUCCAGGCCAGUUGCUGCUGCCGUCGCUGCUGUUCUCUCCUUUGUGUUACUCUGGGCUGCAAGAGCCAGCUCUGUGCAGGUGUGAGGAUUUCCGUCCAUGAGGAGCCAUACAAAGCGCGGGGUAUGGAAAGGGCACAAGCGCCUCUUGCUUAUUCUCUCUUUUUAAUUUAAUUUUUA